CCGAAGUAGCAAGGACAGACAACGCCGACGUAAAACAAAUCCAAUUUAUAUUUUUAUCUUUUCAUUUCCAAAGGACACUAGCUACGUGGGGGCAUUUCAUAAUAGACUGAGGUCUUGUUAGGAUUAUGGAAGGAGCUGAUGGCUUGGUAAGAUGCACUCUAGUGUCUGACGUAAUCGGAUUGAAGUAAAAUAUCUUCCAUCAAAACAGAACGCAUCGAGACUUAAAAGCGAGUACCUGCACAGACAGGUCGUGUGUUGAAUUUAGCAACACUGCAAUCUACUGAGCAUGGAAGCAAACCAGGAAAAUCAGCAAAUUGCGGUCACCGUCUCUGUGUUUCUUAACACAUCUUUCCUGAUUUUGACCGUAGCAGGCAAUUUUCUGGUGUUGUUGGUUCUUGGGCGGGCCUGUCAACUCAGAGCCCCAGUCCGCCUUCUCCUGGCCAACCUGGCGGUGCCCGAUCUCGUACUCGGUGGGUUUGUUCUCCCUUACGUGGUCCAUACUUCCCUCAACGGCAGCACCGAAUCGACCAAUGAGAACUCCAGGGAUUAUUCAAACUCGGAAGGUUUCUGUCAGGCUGUUGGGUUCAUCCGCGUGCUGUGUCUCGCGGGGUCUUCGUUCACCCUUUUCGCCCUGAGCUACGAGCGUUACGUGGCCAUCGCCUACCCAUUCAAACACAUGUACUUGAUCUCCGUGGAAACGGUUCUCAAGUACGCUCUCGUGAUAUGGAUUCUUGCCGCCUUGGUGGCGGUCUUGCCCUUCUUGGGUCUGGGUCAGUACCGGUACUCGCCACAUCAGUUCGUUUGCUGGCCGGAAGGGAAUACCUUCAACCUCGUUUUCUUCUUCGUUGUGUUUUGCACUACCCUCUUUACCAUGGUUUUCCUGUACCUCUGCAUCUUCCGAGCAGUCCGUAAGCGUCGGAGUAUCAUCCACGCCCUGGUCAUCCGUAUAGCCCAGGGUUUCACAGGCCAGAAGGUGGAGAAAUUUCGCGCCACCACCACCAUCAGCCUCGUGCUAGGAAUCUACAGUCUCACCUGGGCCCCGUUUUGUUUCACUCACGUAUUUUCCAUCCACUCCAGUGCGUCCACGCCCAUGAUCACCACUCAGAUGCUGACCACCUGUCUCCUGUAUGCAAAUUCUGCCUGUAACCCAUGGAUUUAUUGCGGCCUGAACGCCAAGUUUCGGGAGACUUUUAAGAAAACGGCGAGGUCUUGUUGGAAGUGGGUUCGCGUUGUGUUUUCUGCGCCUACUUUUGUUGAUACCAAUAGAACUAGCGUUGACAACCCUCUCAACAUCAGAGUUGUUGUAAUCAAACCCACCAAUACGUCUCAACUGAAUACAGAGAUCCGCCUGGCGUAA